CCUUCCUCUUUUUGUGCUAAACGCAUCCAAUUACGUCGUUACAUGCAAAAGUAAAUGAGAAUCCUCCAAAACCGGGUCACAGUGAAUUGACAUCUUCUUGGAGCAAAAUAACCAAUAAACUUCUUAUUGAAAGAAAAAAAUAAGAAAAGAGAAAUAAAUUUUUAUUGGAAUGGGUGUUGCCAAAAACCCUGAAGCGAUGGAAGUGGAGAUGUCGAAUACCGACGUACCCACAGGAGCUGAAGAUGCUAUUAAACGUGAUCAUCAAACGAUUCAUGAUUUACGUGAGCAUACCAGGCAAAUUGAAAAAGCUGUUCAAAACAAGGAACCUAGAUUUAUCUUACGAGCUCUAAGAGCUCUUCCUAAUACUAGAAGAAAAUUGAAUUAUGCUGUUUUACAUGGAAUUAUUUAUGGGUUUUAUACCAGAUCUGCAACUGAACGCGAUGCUCUCCUAGAGUGGGUAGUAGAAGUAGAAGAAGAUGAAACUCCAAAUGACCCAGAAAUGGGUACUUCUACAACUGUUCAAGUAUUUAAAAGUCCAUCUUCUCCUUUACUUCCUGAAAUUGAUGCUUAUAUUCAUUUAUUAGUAUUAGUCAGAUUAAUUGACAAAAAGAAAUAUAAAGAAGCUGUACAAUGUUCUGAAGCUCUUGUUCAAAAGAUUACUGCGCAGAACAGAAGAACAAUUGACUUAAUUGCUGCUAAAUGUUACUUCUAUCAUUCUCGAGCUUAUGAACUUACAAAUCAAUUAGAUAAAAUUCGUGGAUUCCUUCACUCACGUCUACGGACAGCAACUCUUCGAAAUGAUUUUGAAGGUCAAGCUGUUUUGAUCAAUUGUUUAUUAAGAAAUUAUCUUCAUUAUAAUCUUUAUGAUCAAGCUGAUAAACUUGUGCUUAAGUCAACUUUCCCUGAAUCUGCGAGCAACAAUGAAUGGGCACGAUUUUUAUAUUAUCUUGGAAGAAUAAAAGCUGCUCGAUUAGAAUAUUCAGCAGCUCAUAAGUACUUAGUACAAGCUAUGAGAAAAGCUCCUCAAUCAACUGCUGUUGGAUUUAGGCAGACCGUCCAAAAGUUAGCUGUGACGGUGGAAUUAUUACUCGGAGAUAUUCCUGAACGACAAAUCUUUCGUCAAGCACCAUUGAGAAGAGCCUUAGCUCCAUAUUUUCAAUUAACUCAAGCUGUACGUUUAGGAAAUUUACAUCGAUUUGGAGAAGUCUUAGAAAAUUUUGGACCUCAGUUUCGAGUUGAUCAUACAUUCACUCUUAUAUUGAGACUGCGGCAUAAUGUCAUCAAAACUGCAAUUCGAUCCAUUGGACUAUCUUACUCUCGCAUUUCACCGGCAGAUAUUGCUAAGAAAUUGGGAUUAGAUUCAGGAGUUGAUGCUGAGUUUAUUGUUGCUAAAGCUAUUCGUGAUGGUGUUAUUGAAGCUACAUUAGAUCCGGAAAAUGGCUAUAUGAGAAGCAAAGAAACCACUGAUAUUUAUUGUACUAGGGAACCGCUAUUAGCUUUUCACCAACGUAUCACUUUUUGCCUAGAUUUACAUAAUCAAAGUGUAAAGGCGAUGCGCUACCCUCCAAAAUCGUAUGGAAAAGAUUUAGAAUCAGCUGAAGAACGUCGAGAACGUGAACAGCAAGACUUGGAGCUUGCUAAAGAAAUGGCUGAAGAGGAUGAUGAUGGAUUUCCAUAGAUAAUCUAUGAACAACACGAUUUUUUUUUUUUGGUUUUUUAUACUAAUUCGAGAAGAAUAAAUAAAAACGAUUUCUAUAUAUCUGAAUUUCUCUAAUACAAUAUUUGAAUGUCAUUUUAAAAAUAAGAAUAAAAUAAAUACCAUUUUCUUGA